AUUGGAGACGAGGAAAAUAACAAACAUAAAAUAAAAACAACCGAUAAUUUUUGGAAUCGAAAAAUGGCUUUAGACUUCUUGGCUGGCUGUAUCGGAGGUUGUGCCGGUGUUCUGGUGGGACAUCCUUUGGACACGGUCAAAGUUCAUUUACAAACACAGGAUCCCAAAAAUCCCAAAUACAAGGGAACAUGGCAUUGUAUGCGCACCAUUGUGGCGCAGGAUAAAUUCAGCGGAUUAUACCGUGGCAUUACAAGUCCAAUGGGUGGCAUUGGCUUCGUAAAUGCCAUUGUAUUCGGUAUCUACGGCAAUGUUCAGCGAUCGAGAACUGAUCCCGACUCCUUGACCUCACAUGCCCUGGCCGGUGGCAUUGCUGGCCUAUUCCAAAGUAUUGUGUGUUCGCCCAUGGAGUUGGCCAAGACGCGACUUCAAUUACAAAACGAAUCAUCACCGGGGAAAAAAUUCAAGGGGCCACUCGAGUACCUGAGGUACAUAGUGAAGUAUGAAGGUUUGCGCGGCACCAUGAGAGGUUUAAUGUUCACCGCUGCCAGAGACAUUCCAGGUUUUGCCAGUUAUUUCGUGAGCUACGAAUAUAUGAUGCGCCAACAAAGUCAACCGAAUGUCCUUUAUGGUCUCUGUGCGGGAGGUCUGGCCGGCAUAUGUUCAUGGUUAGCAACAUAUCCCAUAGACGUAAUAAAGACCUGCAUCCAAGCGGACGAUGCUAAAAAUCCCAAAUACAGAGGAUAUAUGGACUGCAUACGGCAGGGCUACAACAAUGACGGAUGGCGGUUCUUCUUCCGCGGUAUGACUUCGACCAUGAUUCGAUCAUUUCCAAUGAAUGCUGCUUGCUUUUUCGUAGUCUCUUGGAUUAUGAGCUGGACAAAGAAACACGACGUUGAUGUUGUGGUCCAUACCGGAGAUACAAUGGCGCUAGUUGGUGUGGCCGCCAGUACACCGAUGUGUCAUAUUCAGAAUGUCGAUCACCAAGAGGACAAACUGCGAGAGCAAAGGUCAAUAAUUGCAAAGAGCCUACGCUCGUUUGAUGUGUUUAACGAGGCUGUGGGUCACACCGAGGUGGAAGAAUUAGCUACGGGACUCUAUCCCGACACAGAGAAAUAUUACAUUUUUGAAGAUGAACGACUUUUAAUUGCUGCUGCAGAUAAACCAAUAGAUUGUUAA